UCACUUCCGCCCGCUCGGUCCGGCAGCUCCAAUAUGGCGGCGUCCUGCGGCUCCUCGCAGCUCCCGGCCGCCGAGUCGCCGCUGAAGAUCCCCAAGAUGGAGGUGCUGUCGCCGGGCUCGCCGGGGGCGCUGAGCGACGGCAACCCCAGCCUCUCGGACCCCUCCACCCCCAGCGGCGCCUCGCCGCUCGGCGCCGGGCCGGCGGCCGGCGCGGCGGGGCUGGGGGGCGGCGGCGGCGCGGGGGGCCGCGGCGGGGCCUCGCCCUCCGUCUCCUUCUCGCCGGGCGGCGCCGCCGCCGCCGCCGCCGCCGCCGCCUGCCGCGGCAUGUCGUGGACGCCGGCGGAGACCAACGCGCUCAUCGCCGUGUGGGGCAACGAGCGGCUGGUGGAGGCGCGGUACCAGCAGCUGGAGGGCGCCGGCACCGUCUUCGGCAGCAAGGCCCCCGGGCCCGCCAUGUACGAGCGCGUCUCCCGCGCCCUGGCCGAGCUGGGCUACGAGCGCACGCCCUCGCAGUGCCGCGAGCGCAUCAAGCAGCUCCCCAAGAGACAGAGUGAGUUAGUAAGGAAGGCAAAAUAUACCCUCCGCAGGUGCUACAGCCGGGUGAAGGAGCACGGCGUGGGGAAGCGGAAAAGCAGCUACACCUUCGAGCAGCUGGAGCAGGUCUUCGGGCAGGGCGGAUGGGACUCGCAGCCCUGCCAGCCCGUGCUCAUCAACAGCAGCGGCCUGUACCAGGAGCUGGAGUCGGACGGCAGCACCAUGGAGGAGUACUCGCAGGAGGACUGGGGCAACCACAGCCAGGACCUGCACUGCUACCAGACCGGCGAGCAGGAGUUGGAUGAAAUGCCUACCACAAAAAGAACAUUAAAGAUAAAACAGGAGUCUUCAGAAGACACGCAUUACCUCAGAGCAUCUGAAAAGCUUCACAACUCGGUCUUUUCUUGGCUACAGCAAAUGAAACAAGACUCACUACAUGAAUGCGAGGACUUAAGACGCGGGAAGCGGGACGUGAUGCAGAACAUCAUGCAGAUCUUGGAGUCGGUGCAGCUGAAGUGGGAGCUGUUUCAGAGCUGGACGGACUUCUCCAGGCUGCACCUCUCCAACAAGCUGGCCAUUUUCGGCAUCGGCUACAACACGCGCUGGAAGGAGGACAUCCGCUACCACUACGCCGAGAUCAGCUCGCAGGUGCCCCUCGGCAAGCGGCUCCGGGAGUAUUUCAACUCGGAGAAGCCGGAGGGGCGGGUCAUCAUGACCAGGGUGCAGAAAAUGAACUGGAAAAACGUUUACUACAAAUUCCUGGAGAUCACCAUCAGCGAAGCCCGGUGCCUGGAGCUGCACAUGGAGAUCGACUGGAUACCCAUCGCCCACUCCAAGCCCACCGGCGGCAACGUCGUGCAGUAUUUAUUGCCGGGGGGCAUCCCCAAAAGCCCGGGCUUGUACGCCAUCGGGUACGAAGAGUGCCACGAGAAGCCCCGCUCGCCCCUGGCCGAGCACCGAGACGCCGUCGCCGAGGCGCCGGCGGAGAUGGACGUGCCGUCGCCGCCGGCCUCGCUCCGGGUGGAGAUGGAGGCGGCCAGGAUCAUCUACUGUUACCUGGGCAUCGCCGAGGUGAGGACUCUGCAGCAGUGCCUGUUUUUACAUUUCCAGGCCAACACCAAAACCUUCAGCAAAGAGUGGGUCGGGAUCAAUGGGUUUUUAUCGCAGAACUGCGUCGUAGAGCCGGGCGUCUCGCCCAAGUCCAUCUACAUCAAAUUUGUGGAAGUGGAGAGGGAUUUUCUUUCCGCCGGCUCUUUGGUAGAGUGCCUGGAAAAAGCCAUCGGAUACCCCUUAAAGUUUAACAACUGAAUCUCGUCCUUCAUAAGGAUUUAGGGCUUCUGCCCGGUCUCCAUCUCACUACCAGACGCUUUGGGAUCCCGUCCGUCGGCGGUCGGGCAAGUCGGAGCCUUUCCGAGCGCCGGGGAAGCUCCGGAGCGAAAGACGCUCGCGGACGGUUACGCAAAACAAAAUCCGAGCUCGUCCCGGGCCAGCGGGGCACGUGGCCGGGCGGCCCGGCCGGUUUUCUACGGAGCCAGGGGAGCCCCGAAAACGAACUGACUUGUAGGUACAUUCCACAUCGGACAGAGCGAACGCUUUGCGUUUCAUACAAAACCCCCCUUUUUUGGUUUUUUUUGUCCCCCCCACGACGUUUCAUUUUUACACAUCCGUCUCUAUAUAAAGUGUUAUUACAGACCUGAAUAAAUAAGCAAUAGCUAACGGCGAGUUAAGCCUCGAAUCACAUUAAACGAGACUGUUUUUCAACGCCACCCUUAGAGACUCUUGUAUAUAAUUUAGAGUUUCACUUUUUUCCGCCCGUCAAAGUGUUCUCCCGUUUCCAGACAGUGUUGCCUGCAAAAAGACUUUGGUUUCCGUGAUGUAUUCCCACUUUACUCGUAGUGUCGCCAUAUCCGCUUUUUAUUUUAUUUUAUUUUUUAACAUUAAAACAAUUCCUGGCCUUUUUUUUUUUUUUUCUUCCUUUUUUUUUUUUUUUUUACGUUCUAGUUUAGCCUCUUUCCGUGGCCGGGCGGAAAACCCGGGAGCCGUUUUGUCGAACCGUGCUUAUCGAUGCAAUCAAAGCUGUGAGAAUCGGGGACGGGGUUUUGGGGAGGGGGGGAUGUCGGCGGGAGGGGAGGGCCGGGAAGAAACAUUUAACGCCUUUUCGGAGCUGUUCCUAUAUAUUAAGCCCCAUUUUCUUGCUGGCCGGCGUUUUGGUUGUUUUUUUCUUUUUUUUUGGUUUUUUUCCCCCCCCCCGAAAACUCAUCGAUCCGUGGAAGUUGUGACAUACGAUGAAUGUGUCGGUCCUAAUAAAAUCGAGCAAACGCA